UAGGUAUAAAAUGGGACGAUUCCUGGGGUACACACGUACGCAAUCAUUUGAAAACGCGUGUCUACCUAGAGUUAAAGCUGGCAUUGUAUAAGUACAUGUAUAUAGACGUGUUAAUAGUGAACAUUGGUAGGUAAAAUACUAUUUCACAGUGACGGAUGCAUUAAACUCGGAUUGAACGCUACCCGGAAAAUAUAAUAUUAUUCCAACAAUACCGGUGUGCCCACAUUAGGUAUUAUACACAAUACACGCCCGGCGUGUAGCAGUAUUGGGCUGAACAGCUGAACAAGAUACACGCAAGGAACUGUUUGUCACGGACAGCAGGAGGAACGCCUUACAGGGGAUAAUUACUGUUCUCCAACACGUGGGGAUGUGAUUAUCCUGACUACCCGUCUGUGAACUUUGCUUCUGCUUACUGUUUAGAUAACAGGGAUAUCUAGAAAGUAUAAAACAUCUCAAGGAUGGAGAAGACACAACAAUUGAACCGGAACAGAUAUUGGUAUAUCAUCUCCCAUCACCCUUACCACUGACAGAAAUGAAUUGAAACGUUUCAUGCUUAACAACAUACAAAUGCAGAUUGUAAAGACAAAAUGUGUUUAUACCCAACUGUCGUGGAACUUGUGAAUAUCGAAGAGGAUAUACAGGUGUCAGUGUGAAUGAACAUAGACAGUGUAGAACCAUUUGAAGAAGGCCUGCAACAGAAGGAGAUAUUGUUAUACUCACAGAGCGAAAGCCAGACCUUAAAUUUAUACAAAAUGGGAUUUAAGGAGAAAUUAAAAUCCGAGUUCUCGAUCUCUAAUAUAAUGAUGACACACCCGGAACCACACCUUUUUGUGACGAUGCAGUGUGGUCCAGUGCAUCUGUAUCCGAUUUGGUCAAUGCUUUGGUCAGCGUAUCAUCUGGCGUGGAUUAUACUGGACAUGUACUUCGCCGCUACGGAUGAGCAAGACGAUGGUCACUACUUUAAAUUUUUGACCAACUGGGGCUACCUGUUCCUGGUCAGUUACCAGUGGCUGGAUACUGCGGCUUCCGUCUACAUUCAUCUCCGUCGUAAGGAGCUCAUCAAAGGCGGCCAAGACUCCAUGCCAUGGUAUUUGAAGGUCAUCUGGGUUCUAUAUAACAUCGCCAACUCUCUUGCCCUCAUUAUCGUCCUUUUGUACUGGAUGCUGAUUGGUUCAUCUUUACAUCCUAAAAGCAUCAGUAAGCAUGCCUUGAAUGGCAUGUGUGUUCUUUUCAACAUUUGCUUUACUGCCACGCCCAUCCGAGUAUGGCACUUCUAUCAGCCUGUCCUGGUCUGUUUCGUCUACGCCAUCUUUUCUAUCAUCUACCAACAAGCAGGCGGAGGUCUCAUAUAUGACAUGUUAGAUUGGGAUAAACCUGGAGCCACAAUUGGUCUUGUACUUCCACUCCUGGUUGUGGGGAUGCCACUAGCGCACUUGUGCUUUUUUGGGAUUUAUAAGGCAAGGACAGACAUUGCCAAACAGUGUUGUACAGGUAUCGUAUCUACAGUUAAACCUGUGGAAGAGGACGUAGAGUCUACCAAGGAGGAGGUGACAGACUGUUCCAAGGAGGAGGUGACAGACUGUUCCAAGAAGGACGUGCCGACAUUAUUGACGGUCGACGAUCUCACCAAAGACCACCAGACCUUUAGCCUGCGGCUUACACCGGGAACAACUCAGAGGUCAAUAAAUGUGUCGAUGACACCAUCGCCAACACUUGGCUUUGUUAACGCUGGGUCAGAACUUGACCCAUAGACACACCAAUGUAUAUAACCUGAAAAUGUCGCUUUUAUGUUAAAUUUCAUUUAUAUUUUCGUUGAAAUAAAAAUAAAAA